CGGAUGUAUUAUGUAAAAAAUAAAAACAUUUUGAGCAAGAGAAAAGAGAGAUUAAUGAGUAAUAACAAUCGAGUAGUAAUGGAUGAGGAGGAUCAUGAGGCAGAGGAUGAUUUGGUGCCUGCACUUCCACCUGGUUAUCGUUUCUACCCUACAGAGGAGGAGCUCAUCACUUUCUAUCUCCAUAGAAAACUUGAUCACGGGAAUAGUACAGACACCAUCUUCAAUUGUGUAAUCCCAGUUGUUCAGAUUUACGACGUCGAUCCGUGGCAACUCCCUGAGAUAUCAGGGGAGCUGUGUCACAGGGACACAGAGCAAUGGUUUUUCUUUACACCAAGACAGGAGAGAGAAGCGCGUGGCGGACGUCCUAACCGAACCACCACUUCGGGUUACUGGAAAGCUACUGGUUCUCCUAGUUACGUGUAUUCGUCACCGUCAAUACCAUCAACUACACACAAUAGUAAUAAUCAUCGAGUCAUUGGUGUGAAGAAAACAAUGGUGUUUUACAAAGGGAAAGCUCCUACGGGGAGAAAAACCAUAUGGAAGAUGAAUGAAUAUAGAGCCAUUAUGCGGGACGGAGUAGUAGGAGGUGAUCAGGAACAUCAUAAUCAGACAUCGACGUUAUUCACUAACCCAAGCACUACUAGUGCUCCGGUGUUACGCCAUGAAUUCAGUCUAUGCCGUAUAUACGUGAAUUCGGGUUGUUUAAGAGCAUUUGAUCGUCGGCCAUUGGGACCCCCGGCGUGUAGCGAACCUAUAGCACUAACUCGUCAUCAACAUCACUCUAUAGCAGUCCAUAAUGAUCAGAAAACAAGCUCCCCUAGUUAUCAUUCUUCUGGAGAUGAUUGUAUUCAAAAUCAGUCAACUUCGCGUGAAGUUCUGGGAGAAGCUUCUACUAGCAAUACUACUCAGUGGGACAUGAUUAUGCCGGACGAUUUUAACCAGUUAUGGGAUUGGGAGCAACCGAAAUGGGUCUAGAUAUACAUCGUUAACUAAUCAAUACCCAGUGCUAAAGACCUGGAGAGAACCAAAAUGAAAGUAGCUAGAAGAUUUAAACUUGACUACAACAUGAUUCUUGUUAAUUUGCUGUAACUCAAUUAUUUGUGUAAUUAUGUACGUACCGAAUUGAUGGUUUACUGAUUAGUUUAGUGUCGUAUGUUUCUUUACUUCUUUAUAUGCUCUAUAUUUUGCCCGUUGUAUUAAUUUGCUUUUUGUUCUUGUUAUGUCUACUCUUCACGUCCCUGUGGAGGAUAGAAUAAGAGAGGAUAAUAAUAAAAUUUACGUAGUUGUUUGU